UAGUUAGCUGAGGGCUAAUCUUCCUCCAAAAAAAAAAAGAAAUAAUAUCCUCUGAUUCAGACCUACCAAGCUGGCUGUAAGUAUAGCUUUGGGGAUUUCACUUUCUGACCAAAAUAUUAUAUAUAGGACAGAUCUUCAGCAGAUUGUCCUUUUCUUUGGGAAAUAAAAGUGUUUUUUAAUAUCAUGAAAUACCUGUGCAGUAUUUUCUAAAGGGGAGUUAUGCUGAACUGAGAAAAUAAAGCAACAACAGAGAAACAGGCUAUGGCUUUUACUUUAUCAUCUGAAUUCUGUAAGACCUUAUUAAUUAGUAACCAUCCUCAAUGGAGAUGAAUAUAACUGAUUAUAAAUGGUAAUUUAGAGAGAAUGGUUUGAAUGGAUUCAGCUCCAGGCAGCGCAUCUAGAAGUGAAAGGAGCUAAUUCUUAAUGUACCUUCUCAAUCAGAGCUCUGGGUAGAGUUUCUAUCUCACCCUUAGUCUUUGUCAGUCUUUCAAACUGGACCAUUUUUAAAUAGGUUAGUAAAAGGGAAAGCAGAUCUUAAAAUAUAUAAAACUAGCAUUUUAGGCAAAAAUCCAGAUUAUAUAGUUCUAUACAAUCUGAAGGGUAGUCAUCAUCUGAGAGGGCUUAUGCCCACGGAUAAAAUAAUAAGCAUGGGUUACAGCAGCCGACACCUCUUCCGUCUGCCCCACCCCCUCCUGGAGUGCUUUAAUUAGAAAGAUACUAACGUAGAUUAAAGUCUUAGCCAUACUCAAUUCCUCCCUUGACCUGAAGAAAACCACCACCAGUGAGAAUCUGCUGCAUUGCAAAACGGCGUCAAAAGUUUUAUCCGAGUACACCAGAGAGCUUAAGUAGAGCUCCCAGGAGGCGGACUGUAUGUGAGAGAAAAAGGUGACCCCACUACACAUUGAUGAUUUAACUUACAUUCUUCUUACCUUCUCGAUCAGAGCAUUGACAGUGUCCAGCGCAUCAUUUCCACACAAAAGUGUUACAUGUCCCUGCACGAGAAGGCUGAGGUCAUCUUCCAGAUGUAAAUUAAGGACCCGCUGGCUGGCCCCUCACACUUGUCUCAGUUGGAUAUUUAUGUAUGGGACACGGUAACCGCUGAACCAGUACUGAAUUCAAAGAAACCAAAAGGCAAAUCCUUGCCUAGUGCUUAGAGUCCAAUGAGAUAAAUUGAUGGAUCAAAGGAUUAUUUUUGCUUAAUGAAGCAUUUUGGGUUUGAAUCUCACUGGACUCAGUUUUCAACAGGAUGUUGUGCUCAAGGGCUGGAAUUUGGAAAUUCCAGUACAGCCGUAUAAUCAGUCAACUCUGAUUAAUUUAAUUGAAACAGGACUCUUGAUGAAGCCCUGCUGUGCUUAUAAUUUAAAAUUUAGAAAUGGUUAGAGAGAGCGGUAGGUAGUGUGAGGGAUUUUUUUCCCUCUGAAAUUAGCUUAGUGUAUUCGGAAAGUAGUCCGUUGCAUCUGAUUCUCUGCCUCAGUAAUCUGAGCCAUCUGCCUCUCUGUGCUAAGGAUUCUCCUCUUUAAUCCAGCUUAUAGCCCACAAACCACUCUUCUCUAUCGUUAUGCCCUUGAAUAGAUGAGGCUGUGCAAAGUCCUUUGCUCUUAAAUGUGUUGCUGUCAUUGAGGCUAUUUGGAGAUUUUCGUCAUUUUUUCUUUUUCUUCAGGUUUUGUCUGAGUUGGUUUUAUUUUUCCGGGGCAGACACAAUGGCUUUCUUUAUGAAAACUAUGAUAAGUAACCAGGUAAAGAAUUUAGGAUUUGGUGGCGGGUCUGAAGAAAAAAAAGAAGAAGGAGGUGCCUCUGAUCCUGCAGCAGCCCACGGGAUGACUAGAGAGGAGUACGAGGAAUAUCAGAAGCAAAUGAUUGAGGAGAAGAUGGAAAGAGAUGCUGCGUUUACACAGAAAAAGGCAGAGAGGGCGUGCCUCCGAGUUCAUCUCAGAGAAAAGUACAGACUCCCAAAGAGUGAAAUGGAUGAGAACCAAAUCCAGAUGGCUGGAGAUGACGUGGAUUUGCCCGAAGAUCUCCGGAAAAUGGUAGAUGAAGAUCAAGAAGAGGAAGAAGAUAAGGAUUCUAUCCUUGGGCAGUUCCAGAAUCUUCAGAACAUGGACUUGGAUACCAUAAAAGAAAAAGCCCAGGCCACCUUCACAGAAAUCAAGCAGACGGCAGAGCAGAAGUGUUCUGUGAUGUGAGGGACAGGCCAGGUGGAAGAGGGACGCAGGCCAAGGCAGAAGUGACCACUCUCCCAGGGAGCGUUUUGAGCAGCGUGUACUUUAACAUAGUGAAUAGACUUAGAAUCCUGAUGAUAAAGCUCUCUACAGACACAGAGACCACAACUUGACGUUCUCAAUGUUCCUGGUAGAGCGUUUAGCUAGCACCUUGCAGC